AUGCCCUCGUCGGACUGCAGCGGGCUCUCUACGCUUACUAAGCAUAUCCACACCAACGCCGUCGCCGUCUCGAGCGACGCCGACUUAUCCAGCCAGCGCCCGCCUGUGGUCUACGACAGCAGCUUCCCGACCUUGCGCCGGAUGAAGAGCAGCCGCGCGAUGACUAGGAAGGUCAGGAUCACGUCCAGCGAGAGCGACCUCGUCCGAAUGACGACCGCUAGCUUGUGGCUGAAUAUGACAUACGAGCGAUAUAUCUGUCCCGACAAAACCAAACAUGAGCCCCCAACCCUUCGCGACCCAAACCCAAACACUCACGAUGACGAGGUCCGCGCGGGCAUGGACACGAAUACUGUGCGGCACCCACAAUACGUUCAGCACCAUGUCCUUCGCGUCCGCGCCAUGCCCCGCGAGCCACGCGUCCCGACCGCCCGGCCGAGGCACGCCGUCGAGAGCGUGAACAGCCACAGCGUCAUCGCGAGCGGCCGCCCGAUGCGCGCGCUCGACAGGCUCGGCAUCGACAGCCAGAACAGCGCGAACACGACCCUGUCCGCGCACUCAGUCAGCACGGCUCACAACUCACAACUCACGACGGACGCGGGUGCGGGGAGGGCAAGCAACAAGCGGAGACACGCUGUAUGUCACACCGGCGAAGAGGGUGCUGAGAAAGGUUGA